AUCAUCAUCAUGUCUCAAGCCGUGACUGUGUGUGAUGUGGACGGAGAGCUGAAAGCCAAACUCAAGAAGUUUCGUCUUCGUAGAGCUAAGAACAAUGCGGCUAUCAUCAUGAAAAUUGACAGAGAAAGUCUAUUAAUAAAAUUUGAAGAAGAAUUUGAGGACUGUUCUUUAGAAGAUUUACAAGACGAAUUGCCGUCAUCACAGCCAAGAUUUCUAUUGUAUAGUUACUGUUAUACACAUGAUGAUGGUAGAGUAUCGUAUCCACUCGUCUUCAUUCAUAUUAGUCCACAAGGAGGCAAACCAGAGCUUCAUAUGAUGUAUGCAGGGAGUAAAAUAAACCUUGUAAAUGAGACUGGACAAACCAAGGUAUAUGAAGUCCGUCAUGUAGAUGAACUCACUGAAGAUUGGUUGAAAGAAAAACUAAGUGUCCUUCGUUAAUAUCUAUUGUACAAUAAAGCAGUUGAAGCUCCGUUUUACACCGUAUGUACUGUACCUUAAUAAAAUCUCACUAACUUAUACUUAA